GGGCGUAACGGGCUCCUUGUAAUGGCGACCGUGCCGUAGAUGUGCCUAGGUUUGUGAAAAUGAAGCGAAGAAGAAGUUAUUUCUUUUAAGUGAAACGCCGAGGUUCCCGGAGGAGGACUUUGCGUCUACAACCAUCGUCUCUAUACGUGGUAAACUUAGCUGUACUUUUGAACUUUUGUUCGCUUUAACAAUGAUGAAGCUCAAGUCUAACCAAACCCGGACGUACGACGGGGAUGGCUACAAGAAGCGGGCCGCCUGUCUGUGCUUCAGGGGCGAGACCGAGGAAGAGGUGCUGCUGGUAAGCAGUAGUCGACAUCCUGACAAGUGGAUAGUUCCUGGAGGGGGAAUGGAGCCUGAGGAGGAGCCCAAUGUUGCUGCUGCUCGAGAAGUGUGUGAAGAGGCCGGUGUAAAGGGGACUUUAGGGCGCUUAGUUGGAGUAUUUGAGAACCAGGAGAGGAAACACAGGACCUACGUCUACGUUCUUAUUGUAACAGAGCACCUGGAGGACUGGGAGGACUCGGUCAACAUUGGGAGAAAAAGGGAAUGGUUUAAAAUAGACGAUGCAAUACGAGUGUUGCAGUGUCACAAGCCCGUGCAGGCCACCUACUUCGAGGCUUUCCAGGAGAGUUGCCUGACCAGUAAUGGAACGCCUUUGGUGACCACGAUAGGCGGGGACCUGUCCCCUACCUACAGCAUCAAUCAGAGCUCGGUCUCGGGUAUCAGAUAACUAAAACCAUAACUGACACCUCCGGGAGCUUUCGCCACCACUUGCGCUCUUACUCGUGUCAUUUUCUCUUCUAUUCCUCUCUCUCUUCUCUUCUCUUCUGUCUCAAUAACAUGGUUUGCCUUGCCAACUCCUUUGUGCCAGCACUGUGGCACAGACUUGAUGACAAGUGUCGGGUGAAUAGUCUGAAACACUUUGUAAAUGUAAAUGUAAUUUUUGAACCCCUAUUUUUUUUUUUUUCUCUCUCUUUUUACUGAAAACUGCAUGAAAUGUCCCCUGAUCCUCUUUCCUUAACGCGCCCUUAGCGUGGUGUUAAUUGAAUGCAAGAACUACUUUUUACUGUUUGUAAUGUAAAAGUGUAUACGUAGUGCUUAAGCUGAAGGCUUUUGGUGGUCUUUUUAAAAGUCUCCUCCAUCUUUUCAGUUCUGUUUCUUUUGAAUGAAUGUGCCCAUUAGUGUACUCCCUCCCUGUGAAUAAGGAUAGGAAGUGUUGUCUGUAUCUGAAUGAACAGAAUUGUUGGAAGUGACUUGUCUUGCAUGAGCACUGUAAUGUUGUGUCUCGCUCGCUCGAGAGACCUGAUGCUGACUGUAACAGACGUGUGGUAAGGUCUUCUUGGAUUUCUCUUCAUUUAGCUCCUUAUCGUGGUUAUCGAUGUCUCUUAUUGGUAGGAUACGGCCCCUCGCUAGUUUUUCCAAUUUCAACUGUCAUGUGUGUUUCUCUCAUAUUUGGGAAGCUAGCCAAGCACUACAGGUUUCACUCUCCAACAGAGCAAAUACUGUAACGAGAGAAAGAAUGUCAACAUACAAUGUCAAAUGAACCACCUUCUCCUCAGUGUCUUCACCUCCUUUUUAAUCCCUUUUUCUUUUUUAAACUUCUUUCUCGGGACUGACUGAAGUCUUCCUCCACAUACUGAGAGGUAGUAGGUUUAAAAAAAAUCAUGGACUUGUAAUUUCAAAAUGCAGCACAUAUCACUUAAGUUAUUUAAACCAUUUCCAUAUGUUGCCCCUCACAUUCAGUUUGGUUCAAAGCAAUUGUUUACACUGUCCAGAACGGCACAGGUGACUCAUUAUGGUCAUGAUUUUCCCUUUUUCUUUCUCCCCUACCCUUUUUUUAGUAUUUAAUCUGCAUCCCCAAAACACUCAAAACACCUGCUUGACAUCAAGAGUAAUGGAAUCUAUAAUGCUGAUGCAGAACAAACAAGCCUUGUACAGUUUGAGACCUCGUUUUUAACAUGUAAAAUGCUUUUGGAUACUAGUUUUUGUUUUUUUAUGUUUUUCUCUCUAACGUCUGGCAAAAGUCUCUCUGGCCGAGCUGCGUCACUCGAUGUGGCCUGAGGCAGCCGGCUCAAUACUGUGAAACUGGAGGCGCUGUAGAUAGCAUGUUAGAGGUUUUUAUUGUAAAUUGUUUAUUUCUGUAUAGAUCAAAGGUGAGAGUACAAAUGACUAAACACCUCUUUCACAUCUGUGAGUCUCACAUUUCAAUCGAGGCAGGAAAACUGAUUGAACUCAUGGCUUUGGAGCUGGAAUUAGUUUUAGAGAUAGCUCAGAGUACAUCUGAGGCUACAGGACAAGGCAUGUGGUUGUUGGUGAGAAGGAAGAGCCAAUUUCAUAUUGAAUUCUUUCAAAAUCCUUAAUUUAGUUUGGACUAAAACACAUUUGUCACACUUAAGGAAAGCUGUUCUAUGGCCAAGCUGAAGCCUGAGAAUCCAAAUCACUUUAUAAAUUAGAAGUAAAGAAGAUUUACUCUGUUAGCUGUUAAUCUAUCCCAGGUCAGUGUGUUUACUCAUGAAGGGUUUACAGGGUCUUUCUCUAAACCUUUGACAGGAUGCUGGGGUUUUCUGCCCAUUAUUUAAAUCUGUUAUUAAAGAUUAUUUGGACACUCGGUAGCAGCAGAAAUCUGUAAACAUCCACAUAUCCGUUUAUUUAUUUUUUCUCUGUGUCUAUCUGAUAAUCCAAUGUUGACUUCUCUUUUAAGAUCCAUUUUUCCACCAGUGUCAACUCAAUGAUUACAUUGUCUGCACUCAAACUGCAGCAGUGAUCAGGUUUUAUAAUGCUAUGACUCAUGGGAGCAGCUCCGUUAUACAAUGUCAACAAAAUAAACUAAAUGGUUUGAAAAGAAGACAUCAUUUAUUGAUACCAAGCGGAAAUUAAAUGUCCUCUACGCUAAGCAGAUGCAUAUUUAACAUUGAAUGUGGGCAGAAAACUCCAGUAUCAUGAUUUAAUCAAAAACACAUCAAAGAAAUCCCACAGGAGAAAUGUAAAGACCUGAAAACUAGUGGAUGAAAAGCUCAAAUAGACAUCUCUUAGCAGGAUGGUGGUGGUGUCUUAUUCAUGGAAUUUCCUCCAGUAAUGUGGGGGCGCCACCCUGCAAGCUUCUGAUCCCUUUGGUGUCUGAAGGAAAACGCUUCCUGACUGACAGUACAUGUGGAAGGAGUCUAAAGUCUCCUAACAGAAGGAGACUUUGAACUGUGUUAUUGCUGUGCACCAGGAAGGUGUGUUGUCCAAAGUCUUGCUUUAUGAGAGUUGCAUCAAGAGUUCCUGUUUUCAGUCUUCAUUGAAAUGUGCAAAUGGUUGUCAAGGGGAUAAACCUGUAUAUGGCUUUUUAAAAAGAAAUCUAAAACCUUUCUCUGAUUGAUUGAAUUUGCUCUUGGUGGUUGGAUGCGGGUGACAGGUACUGUCAAAAUGAAUGUGAGGAGGACUUCCACAGUAACAGCCAGUGACUCAAUUAUUAAUGACCACUUGAUCCAUCAUUUUCAGUUUUUCUUUAACCUGUUGUGCAAUUGUCAAACAAAUAUCUGUAUAUAGGUAACAGUACCGUUUCAGCCAGAGGACGCACCAUGGCUUCGGUCAGUAAUGAUUAGUAUUUUUUUUUUUUACAAUUCCCUUCUCACUCAAAAUUCAAGCACUUCCUGUCAUAGGUAAUGUGAUUUGGGCCAGGGUUCAGGAGGACAUCUAUGAAGUACAUGUCUCCAUAUAAGCACGUUGGAGUUAAUGUGGUGUUAAUGCGUUACUCCAGGGAGAUUUCGAUCACAAUUGGCUCCUUUUUGUGACAUUUAAGCUUCUAAACAUUUGAGGGGAAAGGAGACAAUGAAUUAUCAACGAUUAGAGCUUAAGAUAAGUCACUUCCUUUUAAUUGACCAAAGUUAAAGGUUUGAAUAUGUAUUGCCCCAUCUUGUGGCGAAAGCAAAACAUAUUAAAAGCACAUCACUGCAGCUGAUUGUAACAGUUUCCUUUAGCAUUGUGGUCAUUCUCCAAACUAUGAACAAUCAGACAUUGAUUCAUAAAAGCUGUCUUUUUAAAGGUUACCCUAAAUACUAGUACAUUGAUAAACAAAGCAAACACACGUGCACCUGACCUCAGCCUUGAAGUUACCUACUUGUCAUUUUGAUCUCCUCUCCAAGGUAUACGUGUCACUGGAACUUUUCUUUUCCUCUUUUGUCAUUUGGGACUGUGGAAUAAAACCAGUGCGAGAAGACUGAAGAUUGUAAUAUAAAUGUGCCAACAAAUAAACACCAGUAUUUCACAUUCA